GGCGGCGCCGAUACCUCGGCGGCAAUGGAUGCCGCGGCGCAAAUUCGCAAAGCAACCCUUCGAAGCCCCUCAGGCUUCGCAGGCCUGGUACAAAAUCGCAAAGUCUUUGGUGUCGCUAUGUUUGCUUGUCUUGGAGGUCUUCUCUACGGAUACAACCAGGGUGUAUUUUCUGGUGUCUUGGUGAUGUACUCUUUCGAAGAACACAUGGGGGAAGCAGUUACGAAUGAAACCAAAAAAGGGUGGCUGACAGCUAUCCUUGAACUGGGUGCCUGGUUCGGCGCCCUGUAUUCCGGUAUCCUCUGCGAACGAAUCUCGCGCAAGAACACGAUCCUUUUGAACGUCGGCAUAUUCUGCAUCGGAGUCGUGGUUCAGACAACCGCGGCUACAAAUAACGGAAGUUCUUCAAAUAUUUUAGGAGGUCGGUUUAUCACGGGUAUGGGGGUCGGAAGUUUAUCAAUGAGUGUCCCUAUGUACAAUGCAGAGAUUGCACCGCCGGAAGUACGAGGGUCUUUAGUGGCCUUGCAGCAACUUGCCAUCACUUUCGGAAUCAUGAUUGAUUCGGGGACAGGUUUCUUUCUGGUACGAUAUUCGACCUUCUCGUUUCUGAUCAAUUACGGAACAAACCAUAUCGGGGGCACUGGGCCUGGCCAGAAAGAUGCCGCAUGGCUUUUGCCUCUGGCCCUGCAACUCGUGCCAGCCGCCAUCCUUGGUAUCGGAAUGAUCUUUAUGCCAUUCUCCCCUCGAUGGCUCGUCCACCACGAUAGGGAAGAAGAGGCGAAGAAAGUCCUCACUAGCCUGCGUGGUCUACCCGAAGACGAUCCAAUCCUGCAGAUGGAGUUCCUUGAGAUUAAAGCCCAGAGUCUCUUUGAAAAGCGGACCGAGAAGGAAAAGUUUCCCCAUCUGGAGAGAACUAAUACCUGGAGCUAUAUCAAGUUGGAGGCUGCGGGAUUUGCAAGCCUGUUCACGAGCUGGCCUAUGUUUAGACGUGUGAUGGUAGCAACCGUCACCAUGACAUUUCAGCAAUGGACAGGAGUCAACGCGGUCUUAUACUAUGCUCCAUCUAUCUUUGCACAAUUGGGCAUGAGCAACAACACAACCUCGCUCCUAGCCACCGGAGUCGUCGGCGUCGCUAUGUUCAUCGCAACGAUCCCCGCCGUUAUCUGGAUCGAUAAACUCGGCCGCAAACCCGUCCUGAUUACCGGCGCCAUCGGCAUGGCAUCCUGCCACUUCAUCAUCGCCGGCAUCUUCGGCCAGAAUGAGAACCAGUGGGAUUCGCAUAAAGCGGCCGGCUGGGCCGCUGUCGCCAUGGUCUGGCUGUUUGUCGUCCACUUCGGUUACUCCUGGGGCCCCUGUGCAUGGAUCAUCAUCGCUGAGAUCUGGCCCUUGAGUGCUCGGGCGAAAGGAACGGCGUUAGGCGCCUCUGCUAACUGGAUGAACAACUUCAUAGUCGGCCAAGUCACCCCCGACAUGCUCUCGGGCAUCACCUACGGCACGUACAUCUUCUUCGGGCUGAUCACCUUCCUCGGGGCACUGUUCAUCGCGUUCCUCGUCCCGGAGACAAAGCAGCUCUCGCUGGAGGAAAUGGACGUCAUCUUUGGAUCCGAGGGCACCGCCGUCUCGGACUAUGAGCGUCAGGCGGAGAUCUCGCGCGAGAUUGGUCUGGAUGAUGCUUUAGCGCGGUUGGCGAAUUCAGAUAGGAAUGUUGAUGCGGCGGAGGUGAGGCUUGGUGAGAUGAAGGCUUAGGUUGUUUUUCUAUGGGUGUUUUGCUGGUGGGUAGG